GACAGACACACUGGAGGCUGAAGUGACUCACUGGAAGAUGUUGUGCCCGUGUUCCACCCAGGGACCAAAUACCGUCGACCCAGAAACAGUGUGGACACUGAAGAGCCACAUCAGGGACCUACAGCAGAAGCAGAUACGGGACAUGGACAAACAUCAGCUGGAAGUGGCCGUGUUGCAAAACACCCACCGGCAGAAGCUAGCAGACCUCACUGACCGGCACCGCAAACAACUAAUGGACUAUCGACGACAGGUGGAAGACCUGCAAAACCAAGGUGCUGCCGGGAACGUGAACCGUGACCUUCUUGAGGAGAGGGAAAGGGAUCUCAGAAGGCUGAAGCAGCAACUUACACAAAUGCAGCGGCUGAACGACAGUCUGAACAACCUUGCUUCGGAUCUCCGAGCAGAAAAGGAGAAGUUGGUUCGUGAGCUCCGACAGGCAACACAUCAGCUGGAGGAAUCCGUUCUGCGCAACAACGAGGAUUCCCUAAAGAACAACGUUGCCGUGAGGGCUUUAAAGGUAGAGAAAGGACGGUUAGUGGCAAAACUGUGUCGGGCCGAAAAGAAGCUUUGCCAACAGAAGACCGAACAAAGCCUCAGAGAACGGGCACCGGCAGAUAAUGGCCAUUUCACUAAGCUCGGUCAGGAGAAAGACCUGGAGAUACUCCACCUCCGGGAGAGGAUCGAGCAGAUGGACGCAGAGCAUCAGGAAACGAAGGAACUGCUGUCCUUUGCUUUGGAGGAGCACAAGCAAUUGGCAGAGUGCCUUAGGGAGCAAGAGGAGUACAUCAAAGAACUCCGAGAAAGGCCAGAGCUUCAGGAGGAACUCGGCCAGUCGACCGAAACCUUCAGAAGCCGUGACAUCCUACCCCCAUCCGGGGAGGACAAAGACACGCGUCUCCCAUCCACGACAGACCAACACCCUCGUGUGGACGAAGACCUGGAGCGCCUCACCCGACAGAGUCGCGCUGUCCCUCUGGUUGACCCGAAAAUCCUCGAGGAGAUUGAAGAACUCGAGUGUGAGGUCCUUCAGCUCAGCAGGUUAAAAGAUGAUCUCGAGGAGGAAAUCCAAGAACAACAGAAGAUCAUUCACAACCAGCAGCAGGGGAAGAGAGCACUGCUUCAGGCCUUACAGGAGCAGAAGGAGAAGGUGGGCCGCCUUCAACACCGGCAGGAGGCGACGAACGCUGAACGCGCUCAGCUCCUCGCGGCCAAAGACGAGCUGAUUCGGAAUCUGCAAGUCACGCUAGAAGAGCUGAAAGCCCAGUUGCCCGACGAAAGCCCGCACAUUCCGAGGCAACCCUGGGAGGAUGAGGAAGUGCGAGCAAGCCAGCCUCUCCCCAGAGAGAACGGAGGGGACGAGCGUGAUCCAUCUCAAGCUGAAAUUCAAAGGCUAGUCCAAGGAAUCAAAGAACAGGAACUGGCGAGGCAGCUUCUCACUGAAGAGAACAUCCGACUGACCGCGCAAGUGGAUCGGCUCUCCAAAGAGGAGAUCGGGAAACUCACUCGGAUCAUCCAGCAAAAGGAUGUGGAGAUUCAGGGUCUCUCCAGCAGAAUCUCUGAGGCUUCUCACAGCCAGAACAGGCACGUGCAACAACUUCAGCAGCAGUUGCAAGAGUGUGCUUUGAAAAGCGAACAGAUCUUGGCCAUCCUGAACGAGAAGAUGAGGGAGAAGAGCAAUCUGGAAAGGGACUAUCACGAAAUGACCGAUCGACUUGCUGCCAAGGAAGCAGACCUCCAGAGGGUGCAAGAGGAAAAUCAAAAACUGUCCACGAGAGUGGAAAGCAGCGGCCAGGAGGGGUGUAGCGAAAGGAUUCGGGAUCUGGCCCACGCGGUUCGAGAAAAAGACCUGGAAGUGGAGGCGUUAAGUCAGAUAUGCCAGACUUUAUGGAGGAUCCUGCAAACACCCAGCCCUGGUCAUGAGGUUCGAGGAGGUCGAAUCGAUCAGUUCCAGCAGCUUCUCCAGGAACGGGACACGUUAUCACAGCGAGUGAAGGUCAUGGAGGAGUGGAAAGAGCAGGUGCGGACCACGGUCCAAACUCUGAAGCGCGAGUCACCCCAGCUUCAGAGAGAUCUGCGACAACUGCAGGCGUGGGCUCGCACCAACAGCGAGAACGUUCUGAAACUGCAGACAGCCUCUCUUGACCAGAUCCAAACUUCCCAAGGACGGGACGUAAACUUACAAGAGCUAGAGAAGGAACUGGCCCAACUUCAGCUCCGCAUCGGGGAGCUCUGCAAUGCCGAGGACCUCCUUUUAGGGAACCUCGAUGUGAUUUUCCUCCAGACCUCCAGCGACUCCCUGAAGGCUGGGAAAUCUGACCCAGUGAGGGAGUCCUCUCAGGUGAUCAGAGAGGAGGUCGAAGAGCUCAGAAAAUCAGGGCAAGGAAAAGAGACCAUGAUUCGAACCCUCCGGGAAGAUCAGCAGAGAUGGAUUGCUUCAGGGGCUGCCACGGGGGAAGGAGAAGGCAAACCACGGGAACACGGCGAUUCCGAUUCCCACACGGAACAGCUGCAGGAGAAACCGGCCGUUCUACAAAACUCCCUUCGGGCUCAGGAGCUCCGAAUCCAAGCGGAAAGUGAGGAGCUGCUUUCUUCACAGGAGCAGCUCAGUGGCCAGCUGAGUGAGAACGAGCUGCUGAGGCAGGCAGUCACCAAUCUGAAGGAGAGGAUAGCAGAUCUCGAAGUGGACGUGUGUCGGCUGAAAGAGGAAAACGCAAAGAUCGUGGAACGAUCUAGAGAAAAGGACAUGGAAAACCAGGCGUUGCAAGAGACAAAUCGGCUGCUUUCAGUGACGCAGAGAGAGGCGGCAUCCCAGCAUGCUGCGAUGAGAGAGAAGGCACUGGCCCUGGAGCAACUGUUGCAAGAGAGAGAAGAGGGCGAGACCGGGGAAUUGAACCGGCUCGUCGACGCCGUUCGGUCAAUGCAGGACAAGGCAGCUGUGUGUCAACGGGAGAGAGAGGACGCCGUGUCGGCACUGACACAGAAAGAAACGGAAACCUGCGCCCUCCAGAAGGAGGUUCACCGGUUACGAGAGAGAGAACGGCGCCUCACCCAGGAGCUGGAGAGAGGGCGGCACCUCGCUGCAGAAGCCCAAGAUUCUCGUCGCCGGCAAGCUUUGGCCUCCGAGGACCAAGUGGCUCAGCUAAGAGAGGAAGUGACGGUCUUGCAGGGAAAACUCGCUUUGUCUUCCGCUGCCAUGGAAAAGGCCGGCCACGGAGCCCGUCUGCAGGCAGAGUCGCUGCGGGCGCAGUUGCACGUGGUCACCCAGCAGAAGGAGGAAGCUGUGCUCCGGCUCGCCGCCUCCCAGGAAGAGGGAAGGCGCUGCCAUCAAACACUAGCGAGCCUGAAGCUGGAACUGGCCGAACGGAUGGAAGAGGCAGACGCCCUAGAAGGAAAACUGAAGUCCUUACGGGGACGUUUGCAUCAAACAAAUGCCGACUUGGAGGUGAAGGAGGACCAACUCCAAGAGCUCAAGAAACAGAAUGAGGUCCAGCAGGAAAUGCUGGAGGACACACAGAAGAAACUGAUGACCUUUGUCAGUCAGUCCGAAGGAACGGUGGACAAAACCCUCCUAAGGAGACUCUUCGUGGGAUCGUUCCAGGCAGCUGAUGCGGAACGGCAGGAAGCCUUGAGGUUGAUGGCAAGCACGCUGGGGAUCCGAGAAGACCAGCUGCGGCAGCUGCGCAGCCGAGAGCCCGCGGGUGUGCCCAGCGGGGUGACUGGGGGGCCUGGACCCAGAAGCGCCCCCAGCACCCCCGCGAAACCAAAUCACCGAGCUGUGGCCAAUCGUUCCUUUUCAGAACUUUUUGUCCAGUUUCUAGAAGUGGAAUCUCAUUCGGCUUUUCCAGCGCCCAAACCCUCUGCUCGUGACGUGAAGCCCCCAGACUCGGGAGGAAGGGGAAAACUGCCUAAGAAACAAGGCCCAUCACGACUGAACGCUCCCCUGGCAUCCACACCCGGAAAAAAGGAGGUCAAGCCCCGCACCACAGCUGUGUCUCUUAUUGACCCACCCGGACCGGAAAUGGAUGGAUCGGAGCACCUUCUUCUAAAUGCUGUCACUGAUGCUUUACCCACGUACACGCCGCGUAUACUAUCGCCUGCCCAGAAGGUUGGAAAGGCGGCGGCCAAAGACCUCUCCAAGAAAUAG